AUGUCUGGUAAACUGGUAUCAGCCAUGAGCAGCCUUGUUGAGCUGUUCGAGUGCUACGCACUAAAAGAUGGCGACAGGUUGCACCUGAGCAGAAGGGAGAUGAGUAAUAUGUUUCACGAAGAGCUUGGAGAUCUUAUCCAGCGGAGCAAGGACCCUCAAAAAACAGGGGAGAUCUUGACUAACAUGGACCAGAAUCUGGAUGGCCAAGUGGACUUUGAAGAGUUUGUUUCCAUGACAGUUCAGGAUGCCGUGAUGAACAGCCGCAGCCUGGAGGGAGGAGUUCAGAAAGCCCCUGUCCCCUCCUCAGCCUGUGAUUGGCCGAGAGGGGGCUCAUCAGUCGUCAGUGUCCACGGAGUCGUAGAGGAUAUGGACUGA